AUGCGUCGAGAAAAUUGGUCUGCAGAUGGUGAGCUCGCCAGCUCCGUCCCUGUCAACGACCACGACGCAACCAUGAACCGACAAGCCAUUCGCUCGGUCUGCGCCCGGGCGAGGCCGGAGCUCGAGAGGAGUAGCUACGCACUGAGGAAUUACUUUUCCACAUCUCAAUGGCUCGCCACGGACGACACAACGCCCAACGACCCGAACCCGGCGCCUACCCGCCGACAGCGAACACAGGCCGCGACAAGCGAGAUCACCUCUCUCGUGAGGAACAACGGCCCUUCGACACCUCGCCAGUGGCCUCGGCAGGCUUCCGGACCCGAAUCUGGCCAGGCUAAGGUCCUUGACGUGAGAAGUCUGCCGAGGGGGGGAUUCCGCGGACGAGGCGGCUUUCAGGGUCGGGGUCGGGGCGGCGCCGCCACCGCCGGCCGAGAAAAUACGUUUACUCAACGGGGCUUCUCACCCGCGGAAGGUGAUCGACCCUCAAGGAUGGACCGGGAUGGCUUCGCCUCGCGCGGUCUGCGCGGCCGGGGCCGUGGACGAGGCGGACUUCACGGAGGGGAAUGGGGAGACAACCUGCGCGACAAGAAUGCGGACACGGACGCCGAGAAGGACUUUCAGAUGGACGGGAACAGGGCUUUCAACAGGAAUGCAAGGAAACCGAAAGACCCCUUCGAAGUGAUGGACCCGGCGGAGGAGGCGUUCGACAACGACAUGCGCUUCGGCACGAGGACCCAGUACACGCCCUCGCUCACGCUCGAAGACCUCGCGCCCUUCAUGCCGGCCGACGCGUCCACCUCCCAGGGGCGCGCCGCGACGGUGCUGCAGAACCUCAGCGCGCUGGGCACCGCGGACCCCGUGGGUGUGCCGCAGGACUUGCAGGGCAGCUGCUACGCGGAGGACCUGGAGAACGCGGGCGUGCGCUUCUUCGCUGACGCCAAGGCAAGGGAUGCCGCUGAGGCAUACCUCCAGAAGAAGAGGAGGGACGAGGCUGCUAAGAAGGCUCGCGAGGAGGGGGUAACGAUGGAGGAGAGCACGGAGCGCAUCAUCCAAGACGCCGAUGAGGCCAUUCGCAGGGUCAUCUUCGACAAGGCGGUGGCGGGCCAGUACGAGAAGCCCGAGUUUGCGGCAGACCCUGUGGGCGUGUCUCGCUCGUGGCAUCUCCGCGCUGAGACGUACACGCAAAAGGACAUUGAAAACUUUGAGAAGAAGCUCAAGUCGUUGAUGGGGGCAGGGGCCGCGGCGGGCGGGAAGUCGGGCAAGGCUAAUAAUGCCACGGCCUAA